AUGAAGUUUCCUCUUUGGGAACGACAAAAUCAAAAGGCUACCGAUGAAUACUUGAAUGCUGAAGUACAAAACAACAUAUACAAAGGAUAUGAGGAAGCAGCUCGAAGGUUAAAUGAUUUGGUUUAUGAAACAAGAGAUAUUCCUUUUUAUAUCCACUCUUUUCGUAUUAAUGGUACGAAAAAGACACGACAAGCGCUUUUGGAAUCUGUGACUUAUGAUGCACUUCAAGCUCGCACUCUUGGCACAAUCAUUGAUGAAGUUCGCGUAGCUGCUGACAAAUUACGCCGACUUGACAUUUUUCAAUAUGUUGAUGUGUUUCUAGAUGAUAGCAACGAACCUAGUGCUCUUGAUAUUAUUUUAUCUGUAGAAGAAAAAAGUCGUUUUUGGAUAAAAACUGGAACUGAAAUUGGUAACGAUGCUGGGAGCGCGAAUAUUUCAUUAAAUGUUCGGAAUGCUUUUGGAGGUGCAGAAUCAUUGGAAGCUUACAUGUCUGCCGGCACUCAGACUUCACAUGUAUUUGAGUUCUGUUUAGCAAAACCAAUUAAUGGAAACCCAGAUUCCAGGGUAGACAUCUCUGCAUUCAGCUUAACUAAAAACAAUCAAAUCUACAGUUCUCACGAUGAAAUCAUGCGUGGAAUUGCAUUAAAGUGGAGAGUACUUUCUCGAUUUGGGUACCAUGAACUCGGUUACGGUUCAACUUGGAGGCAAAUUUGUAAUAUCUCUCCACAGGCGACGCUAAGUAUCCGCGAGUCUGCAGGCCAUUCUCUAAAAUCAUCCGUGACACACACAUUAAUUCAUGACAAACGUGACGACCUGAUGUUACCAUCAAGAGGAUACUACAUAAAGCUCUUUCAGGAAUUUGCUGGAUUAGGUGGCGAUGUCAAUUUUAUUAAAAAUGAAAUAGAAAGCCAAACAAAUUUUCCGCUUGGGAAGGGUUUUAUUUUUAGUGCUUCAUUAAGAAAUGGAUUUUUAUAUACGUUAAAUGGCCAACAAUCAAAAAUCUCUGAUCGAUUUUUCCUCGGCGGUGCUCAAUCGAUACGGGGGUUCAAAUUAAAUGGCAUUGGUCCAAGAGAGGAAAAAAAGGAUUCUCUGGGUGGAGACCUUUAUAUAGCAGGUGGUGUGAGUCUGUUUACGCCUCUUCCAAAGUUAAGUAAAUACCCCGUUAAGGGCCAUUUGUUUCUGAAUGGAGGCAGUUUACUCCAAAUGAAUCCAUCGCAACGAAUUCUCUCUAGUAUCUUCAGUCUUUCAAGGGCACCUAGCGUGUCUACAGGCGUUGGUAUCGUUUACCGAAGUAGCAUUCUACGAUUAGAAGUGAAUUUCUGCUUACCAUUGGUAGCAACAACAAGUGAUAAGUUAAAAAAGGGACUGCAGUUGGGACUAGGGUUUAAUUUCUGGUGA